AUGGCCACCCUCAAACCACCCCCAGCGCAGCACCGCUCCGCACCAACAGGCCCCCCCAAAGCCCCCGUCAAAGCCGAUCCUACAACCACAAUCGCCGACACAGCCGUCUUCCAAGGAAAAUACCCCAUAACAAUCGGCGCGAACACAGUAAUCCACCCACGCGCCCGAUUCUACAGCUACGAAGGGCCUAUAAUAGUCGGCGAUGGCUGCAUUAUUAGCGAAAAAGCCGUUAUCGGCGCGCAACCAACCUCAUCACGCUCAUCCUCACGACCUGCAUCUCCAUCACCUACCCCAGAACCAUCAACAACGGAAACACAAACCCCACAAAACAAAGACCUCACAACCCGUCUCUCCUACUUCGUAACAGUAGGACCCCAAUCCACAGUCCGACCUGGAGCCCACAUCCACAGCUCCGCCUGCAUCGAAGCGCUAGCCACAAUACACCGCUAUGCGGAGAUAGGUUCGCACACGAAGAUUUGUUCUGGGGUUGAGGUCCCCGAGGCUAGUUUCGUGCCGGAGUGGACGGUUGUUUGGGGGAAUGGGAUUGGGCAGAGGAGGAGAAGGGCUAGGGAGGCGAAAGGGCCUGGUCCGGCUGUUGUUGUUGCGGCUAGGGUUACGCAGACUCCUGUUCCGGGGCUUGCGCCUGAAGGGAAGGUUAUCGAGGAUGCGAGAUUGAUGGUGCUGCAGAAGGAGAGGGAGGUUUUGGGAAGGAUGAUUGUUCCGGCUGGGGCUGGCAAGAAGAGGUGA